AUAAAUACUGUUUUCCUUCUUCAUAUUUUCAACACACACACACACACUAAACAAGCACAGAAGAGAUCGGCAUGGCUUCUUCUUCCUCCUCUCUCACUGCAUCUAAAGUCGUCCCCUCUCGCUCCGCCUUCCCCAUCCAUGCCUCUUUCUCGCCAUCAUCCUCCCUCUCCGUCCCCUCCUUCGGCCUCAAGCCUGCCACCUCGAUCGCCGCCACCUCCUCCUCCCGCCGCCACGCCCCAAUCCCGAUCCGCGCAUCGGCAGCUGUCGAAACCCUAGGUAAGACGACCGACAACGAGCUGGUGGAGAAAUCCGUCAACACGAUCCGUUUCCUGUCGAUCGAUGCAGUCGAGAAGGCGAAUUCCGGCCACCCCGGCCUGCCCAUGGGCUGCGCUCCGAUGGGCCACGUGCUGUACGAUGAGGUGAUGAGGUACAAUCCGAAGAACCCUUACUGGUUCAAUCGCGAUCGAUUUGUGCUCUCCGCCGGCCAUGGGUGCAUGCUUCAGUACGCGCUUCUUCACCUCGCUGGAUACGACGCCGUCAAGGAAGAGGAUUUGAGAAAUUUCCGUCAAUGGGGAAGCAAGACACCCGGUCACCCCGAGAAUUUCGAGACGCCUGGUGUUGAAGUCACUACUGGUCCUUUAGGCCAAGGUGUUGCCAACGCUGUUGGCUUGGCGGUUGCGGAGAAGCACUUGGCUGCGCGUUACAACAAGUCAGAUAGCAAGAUUAUCGACCACUACACGUAUUGUAUCCUUGGUGAUGGGUGUCAAAUGGAGGGUAUUGCAAACGAAGCCUGUUCCCUUGCUGGACACUGGGGGCUUGGGAAGUUGAUUGCCUUUUAUGAUGAUAACCACAUCUCUAUAGAUGGUAAUACAGAAAUUGCAUUUACUGAGUCUGUUGAAGCCCGUUUCGAGGCUCUUGGUUGGCAUGUUAUCUGGGUGAAGAAUGGUAACAAUGGCUAUGAUGAAAUCCGUGCUGCUAUCGAGGAAGCAAAGUCUGUAAAAGACAAGCCCACUUUGAUCAAGGUUACAACAACCAUUGGUUUUGGUUCCCCCAACAAGGCCAACUCAUACAGUGUGCAUGGAAGUGCAUUGGGUGCCAAGGAAGUAGAAGCCACCAGAAAGAACCUCGGAUGGCCUCAUGAACCUUUCCAUGUGCCUGAGGAUGUGAAGAAACACUGGAGCAGACAUGUGGCUGAUGGUGCUGCUCUUGAAGCGGAAUGGAAUGCCAAAUUUGCUGAAUAUGAGAAGAAGUACCCAGAGGAAGCGGCUGAACUGAAUGCCAUUAUCACUGGUCAACUCCCGGCUGGUUGGGAGAAGGCUCUUCCUACAUACACCCCUGAGAGUCCAGCUGAUGCCACAAGAAACCUCUCUCAGCAAAACCUCAAUGCUUUAGCAAAUGUGCUCCCAGGUCUGCUUGGAGGCAGCGCUGACCUCGCCUCAUCCAACAUGACGCUUCUCAAAAAGUUUGGUGACUUCCAAAAGAAUAUACCUGAAGAGCGUAAUGUAAGAUUUGGUGUUCGUGAGCAUAGCAUGGGAGCGAUAUGUAAUGGAAUUGCCCUUCACAGCCCUGGCCUCAUUCCUUACUGUGCAACCUUCUUUGUAUUCACGGACUACAUGAGAGCAGCCAUGAGAAUCUCUGCCUUGUCUGAAGCUAGAGUUAUCUACGUGAUGACCCAUGACUCUAUUGGUCUUGGAGAGGACGGGCCAACUCAUCAGCCUAUCGAGCAUUUGGCUAGUUUCCGAGCAAUGCCCAACAUACUGAUGCUCCGUCCAGCUGAUGGCAAUGAGACAGCUGGUGCGUACAGGGUUGCUGUUCUUAACAAAAAGAGACCGUCUGUCCUUGCCCUAUCUCGACAAAAGCUUCCACAGCUGCCAGGUACCUCGAUCGAAGGAGUGGAGAAGGGAGGCUAUACCAUAUCAGACAACUCAACAGGUAACAAGCCUGACGUGAUACUGAUUGGAACUGGUUCGGAGUUGGAAAUUGCAGCAAAGGCCGGUGAUGAGCUGAGGAAGGAAGGGAAGGCUGUGAGGGUCGUCUCCUUCGUUUCCUGGGAGCUGUUUGAUGAUCAAUCCGACGAGUACAAGGAAAGUGUGCUGCCAGCUGCUGUAAAGGCCAGGGUUAGCAUUGAAGCCGGAACAACAUUCGGGUGGGACAAGAUCGUUGGAUCGGAAGGGAAGGCGAUCGGAAUUGAUAGAUUUGGAGCUAGUGCACCUGCACCCAAAAUAUACAAAGAAUUUGGGCUCACAGUUGAAGCUGUUGUAGCUGCAGCUAAACAACUCUGCUAAGCUCCAAGGGAGGGAGUGUUCCUAAUAAAAGAGACAGAUUUUGUUUUACGGUUCUGUUUUGUUUUUUGAAAUUGUGAUAAGAGGAGAGAGAUUAGGCAGUAUGGAUGCUACUGGAUAUUUUACAAAGUCAAUUUCAGUUUGUAACUUGAUACAUUUCCGAUUAAUUUUGCAACAUUUGCGCAAA